UUCGGUGGUAGCCAAACAAUUCCAACCCAACUUUUCCAGAAGACAAAAAUUUUAUCUAGGAGAUGGAAAUUAUCCACGGUGUUUCCCUGUAGACAGAAAACAAACAAGUAAAUCCCAUUCCUCUUCGGACCGAGACCCACAGCCAUGUCUCUCGCGGCCAUUUCCACCCUUCUCGUCGUAUCAUUUCUCGCUGCGUCAUCUCCCGCCGCCAUCGCCGACGAUGCCCAGACGGUAUAUGAGGCCCUUGCCGGAUUUAACUUCCCAAUUGGUAUCCUCCCUAAGGGUGUGACAGGCUACGAACUUGACAGUAGCACGGGUCAAUUCCAUGCCUAUUUGAACGGUUCGUGCAGCUUUGCUCUGGAAGGUUCCUAUCAGCUGAAAUACAAAUCCUCAAUCAGUGGUUACAUAAGCCAAAACAAGCUGACCAAGCUGAGUGGUAUAAGCGUGAAGGUGCUGUUCUUGUGGUUGAAUAUUGUGGAAGUAGUUAGAAACCAAGAUGAACUCGAUUUUUCCGUUGGGAUUGCUUCUGCGAGUUUCCCAAUUGAUAAUUUCUAUGUGUGCCCGCAGUGUGGGUGUGGGUUGGAUUGCAAUCAUGUGAGGGUAAGCAAUCUUAGAACCAACCCCUUUGUUUCCUCAACUUAGGGUUUUCAAAUAUAACAGUUUCUUGGAGUAAUCUUUUCAUGCUAUGUGCUGAUUGGAUAUUCCAUGAUCUUAUGUUUCUGUAUCUGGAUGGGGUAUGGCUUGAAUUCAGUCUUGUUUGUUUACUGGAAUUGCUGAAUCUUAAUACUUUUGGUUUUAUUGGGAUAAAGGAAAUUUACCUAUUUGGUUUA